UAUAAUAUAUUAUGCGUUAAAUAUAAUAGUUGUUUGUGCGAAGUGUUCAGUGCAGCCCCAACCUCGCCAUGGACACGAGAUGUCUUAUAGUCUUGCUCAGCUUUCUAGCAGCAUUAGAUGGCAAGAAAUUUCGGUGUGACUACAGAUAUUUCCAUAACGCCAAUGGCUGGUUGAAGCUACACCGCGUUCCCGCCAACUGGGCCGAGGCUCGCCUCAGGUGCCACCUCGAAGGAAGCAACUUGGCGUCUCCCUUGAACGUGGGUCUGAAAAGUGCGAUGUCGGUACUCAUAGGGGAAGCGUCAGGUGACAUGACUUGCGGCGCCUUCACUGGCAUACACGCAAUGUUCUCAAGAGGUGAUCUGUACUCCAUCGAAGGCGUCCCAUUGUCGAAAAUCCCUCAUACUUGGGCGAGCGGGGAGCCGGACAACUACAAGGACCAGGAGAGCUGCAUCGCCAUGCUGCCCGAUGGCAAUCUCGCCGACGUCGACUGCAGCGACCCACUUCCUUACAUCUGCUACAAGAGUAGCGCGAAGACGAUGGUCAUGACAAGCUGCGGCACCACCGACAAUGAGUACGCGUUCGACGCGCGCACAGGCAGCUGCUACAAGUUCCACAGCGUGCCACGCACGUGGUCGCGUGCCUACAUGGCCUGCUCGGCGGAGGGUGGCCACCUCGCCAUCAUCAACAACGAUGCGGAGGCGACGGUGAUCAGGGAGCUCUUCGCUAAGCACCCCGGCGGUUCGAUGAUCGGCAACUUUUGGAAAGACGUCGCCUUUGUUGGUUUCCACGAUUGGAACGAGCACGGCGAAUGGCUAACGAUACAUGGUGAGACGCUGCAGGAGGCUGGCUACGCCAAGUUCUCCGGCGGCGAACCCAACAACGCGACUACAGGCGAGUACUGCGGCGCCGUGUACAGAACAGCGCUUUUGGACGACCUCUGGUGCGAAAAUAAGUACGCCUUCAUCUGCGAAAAGAACCCCGACAGCCUGCUCUGUGACAAUGAUCUCUAGCUUCAAAUAACUCGUUAUAAUAUUUAGUUUAAUAUGUUACAACCAUCAUUUAAUCUUGUAAGAUUAAAAAAAUUUAUGAUUUUCA